ACCGGGGAGCAGGGGGGGGCAGUGCCCGGCUGAGUCGGCGGCCCGAAUUCCUUCUUUUUCCGAGCCCUGGGCACAGGGUCUCUGGUUUGGGGGUGGGGGACGCGUUUUCAGCCCCAGCGUUUUUCUCGUUUAGAAAAUUCAUGGAGCGUUUCCCCAGGAUGAUGGCUUGUGCUGACCGUAGGACUCAGUAGUUGCCUUUUUAAGUGUGUUACUGAUUCAUCCUCUCUCUCUCCCUCUGUCAUCACAGGUUUAAACUUAUACGAAUCAUUCUCUAGAGGAGGAGGGGACCGACCGCCGCGCGAUUGACACGCAUAUUCCUAUAGGCAUCCUCCCUCAGCCCCCACCCCCACGGCCGGAUUCGGGUGGCUCCUCUCCGAGCUGAAAUCCGAGAAGAAAUCCUUGGAUCUCUUGUUUUCUUUAAAAAAGAAAAAAAAAAUCUAGAAGCUGUCGGUGUUUUUGUUUUACUGCUUCCUAUUCGCAAGAUGAAGAAGUUUUUCGACUCCCGGCGAGAGCAGGGCGGCUCUGGCCUGGGCUCCGGCUCCAGCGGCGGAGGGGGCAGCUCCUCGGGCCUGGGCAGUGGCUACAUCGGCAGGGUCUUUGGCAUUGGGCGGCAGCAGGUCACGGUGGACGAGGUGCUGGCGGAAGGUGGAUUUGCUAUCGUGUUUCUAGUAAGGACAAGCAACGGAAUGAAAUGUGCCUUGAAACGCAUGUUUGUCAACAAUGAGUAUGAUCUCCAAGUGUGCAAGAGAGAAAUCCAGAUAAUGAGAGACUUGUCGGGACACAAGAACAUUGUGGGUUACAUUGAUUCUAGUAUCAACAAUGUGAGUAGUGGUGAUGUAUGGGAAGUGCUCAUUCUGAUGGACUUCUGUAGGGGAGGCCAGGUGGUCAACCUGAUGAACCAACGCCUGCAAACAGGUUUUACAGAGAACGAAGUGCUCCAGAUAUUUUGUGACACCUGUGAAGCUGUUGCUCGCCUCCAUCAGUGCAAAACUCCUAUUAUUCACCGUGACCUGAAGGUUGAAAAUAUCCUCUUGCAUGACCGAGGCCAUUACGUCUUGUGUGACUUUGGAAGCGCCACCAACAAAUUCCAGAAUCCACAAACUGAAGGAGUGAAUGCAGUAGAAGAUGAGAUUAAGAAAUACACAACGCUGUCCUAUCGAGCACCAGAAAUGGUCAACCUGUACAGUGGCAAAAUCAUCACUACGAAGGCAGACAUUUGGGCUCUUGGAUGUUUAUUAUAUAAAUUAUGCUACUUCACUUUGCCAUUUGGGGAGAGUCAAGUGGCAAUAUGUGAUGGAAACUUCACAAUUCCUGAUAACUCUCGAUAUUCCCAAGACAUGCACUGCUUAAUUAGGUAUAUGUUGGAACCAGACCCUGACAAAAGGCCGGAUAUUUACCAGGUCUCCUACUUCUCAUUUAAACUACUCAAGAAAGAAUGCCCAAUUCCAAAUGUUCAGAACUCUCCCAUUCCUACAAAACUUCCUGAGCCAGUGAAAGCCAGCGAGGCAGCUGCAAAGAAGACCCAGCCAAAGGCCAGACUGACAGAUCCCAUUCCCACCACAGAGACUUCCAUUGCACCCCGCCAGAGGCCUAAAGCUGGGCAGACCCAGCCAAACCCAGGAAUCCUUCCCAUCCAGCCAGCCCUGACACCUCGAAAGAGGGCCACGGUUCAGCCCCCACCUCAGGCUGCAGGACCCAGCAAUCAGCCUGGUCUUUUAGCCAGUGUUCCCCAAUCAAAAACUCAGCCCCCACCCAGCCAACCUCUACCACAGUCCCAGCCCAAGCAGCCUCAGGCUCCACCCACCCCACAACAGACGCCUUCCACUCCUGCCCAGGGUCUGCCCUCUCAGGCCCAGGCCACACCCCAGCACCAGCAGCAACUCUUCCUCAAGCAGCAACAGCAGCAGCAGCAGCAGCAGCAGCAACAACAGCCACCACCACCAUCACAGCAGCCAGCAGGCACAUUUUACCAGCAGCAGCAGCCGCCACAGACACAGGCUCAACAGUUUCAGGCAGUACACCCAGCAACCCAGCAACCAGCAAUUGCCCAGUUCCCUGUGGUGUCCCAAGGAAGCUCUCAACAGCAGCUGAUACAGAACUUUUACCAGCAGCAGCAGCAGCAGGCCACAAACCUGCAUCAGCAGCAGCUGCUGACUCAGCAGGCUGCUGUGCAGCAGAAGCCUGCUGUAGCAGCCGGACAGCAGCCCCAGGCUCAGCCAGCCGCAGCCCCACAGCAGUCCCCUGCCCAGGAGCCAAUGCAGAUACAAGCCCCAGUAAGACAACAGCCAACAGUUCAGACAACCCCACCUCCUACCGUCCAGGGACAGAAACUCGGAUCUCUCACUCCUCCAUCAUCCCCCAAGACCCAACGUGCUGGACACAGGCGGAUUCUCAGUGACGUAACCCACAGUGCAGUCUUUGGGGUCCCUGCCAGCAAAUCAACCCAGCUGCUCCAGGCAGCUGCAGCUGAGGCCAGUCUCAAUAAGUCCAAGGGUGGGAACUUACCUAGGUCUGCAACCACCACUCCAUCAGGCUCUCCUCGGACUUCCCAGCAAAACGUUUAUAAUCCUUCAGAAGGUUCUACGUGGAAUCCCUUUGAUGAUGACAAUUUCUCCAAACUCACAGCUGAAGAACUGCUAAAUAAGGACUUUGCCAAGCUGGGGGAAGGCAAACAUCCUGAGAAGCUUGGAGGCUCAGCUGAGAGUUUGAUCCCAGGCUUUCAAUCAACCCAAAGUGAUGCGUUUGCCUCUUCUUCGUUUUCUGCUGGAAAUGCUGAAAAAAAGAAGGGUGGGCAGACUGUGGAUUCUAGCCUCCCACUUCUAAGCGUAUCUGAUCCUUUCAUUCCUCUUCAAGUACCUGAUGCACCAGAAAAGCUAAUUGAGGGACUCAAAUCUCCUGACACUUCUCUUCUGCUCCCUGACCUCUUGCCUAUGACAGAUCCUUUUGGCAGCACUUCUGAUGCUGUAAUUGAAAAAGCUGAUGUUGCUGUUGAGAGUCUCAUACCAGGACUGGAGCCCCCAGUGCCCCAGCGCCUCCCAUCUCAGACGGAGUCUGUGACCUCGAACCGCACAGAUUCUCUCACCGGGGAAGAUUCCCUGAUCGAUUGCUCUCUGCUUUCUAACCCUACUACCGACCUUCUGGAAGAGUUUGCCCCCAUAGCGAUCUCUGCUCCAGCCCAUAAAGCUGCAGAAGAUAGUAAUCUCAUCUCAGGUUUUGAUGUCCCUGAGGGCUCGGACAAGGUGGCAGAAGAUGAGUUUGACCCUAUUCCUGUAUUGAUAACCAAAAACCCACAAGGUGGGCACUCUAGAAACAGCAGUGGGAGCUCUGAGUCCAGUCUUCCCAACCUAGCCAGGUCUUUACUGCUGGUGGAUCAGCUCAUAGACCUGUAGCCGUGACCCAGUAGCAGAUGCAGUUCUGUAACCUUCAUACCGUAAUAUACAUUUUCAUUACGGAAUUAUAAGAAAAAUGAUUUUUUUAAAAAUCUGCAAAUAAGGGGCCCUCUAGGCCUUAUCUCCUACCCCUUGCCUUCUCCUAUAGAAAUGAUAAGGAAAGAAAAUCAAUUUGGCCCUCCAGAUAUUUCUUGGCCAGUUCCUCCCUGAUUGUUUGCUGUGUUUUCUCAUUACCCUUCUUCAAUAGCAUUAUCUUAAAUCAAGCACUAGAUGCCAUGAGCUUCACCUCAGACGGAAUCAACUCCACCAAAAGCUUAACUGUAACUGAAACUAGUGAACUGACACCUUUGCCUCAUUCUUGCUAGGAAUGGCCUCCCAAAUCAAUCCUCCCGACCCGUCUCCUUUGGCCAGAUGCUGAUGAAUGUGUUUCUCUGCUUUCGCUUUUUAUCCUGCUGCAUUAUUAUGAAGACAUGGCUUCUUCGGUUGGUCUUAACUCUAGGCAGUAGCCUGGAGACAGGUGUGUGGUUUAAGAAAGGGUAAAACUGACUGACUGAUGGUAUAUAUUUGAAAAGACAAAGUGAGCCCAGCUCUAGCCAACCAACGUUGACCUUGUUUGAUCAUAGACUUAGCCAAGGGAUUUUACACCCCAUGCAACCUGCCCAGCAUUCAUCCAGCAUUCUGGCUUCCAUUGAACCGCAAUUUCUCAGAUCGGGAGAUGUGACUGCAAGUACUUAAGAUCCUUGGAUAAAUGUGUACAUGAUAUAAAUCCCAAAUAUUGCCAUUCCUUUUCAUGUUAACCAUCCCAAGCCGGGAUCUCAGAAUUAGACCAAAACAAGACAAUGGUGAUAAUAUGAUACCUUUUAUUAGAAGACUUUUCAUUGGGGGGUGGCUGGGGGAAGGGAAGGAAUUGUAGCAGAAACAGAUGUAUUUUUCUUGUGAUUUUUAUUUUGAAUCAAAUACUGUAAAUUGUGUAUAAAUGAAGACGCUGAAUAGUUCUGUUUCCACUUGGCGUUUCAAGUCUGAUAUCAGGUGUCUGUACAGGGUUUUUGAUCUCUUUCCCUUGUAUAACUUUACUCUGCAAUCCUACAGUGUAACAUAUGGAAUCAUUUUGAGUAGACUUGUGCGUUGCUAUAAGCUUUCAGCAGGUCUUCUGUUUUUGUAGAAUAAGCAUGUUGUUUAUUUGCAGAUAAACAGAAAUAAGUGUGCUGACAAGCUAGGCACAAUUUGACUCUGGCUACUUACCUUUCUUUCUCUCUGAUGUUUGAUUGAAGGAUGCAGCCAAUGAAAUGUUCAGUUGGUUUUCCUUGGCUUCCUAGAUUGAAAAAUAAAACAAAGCAUAGUUCCUCACUAACCUUAGAAUAUUGUUCAUAAAAUAAAUAAAGGACCUUGCACUGACAUGACAACAUGCCUCAUGGUCACCCUCUGUAUAUGUCCUUACUGAGUUAAGUGUAUUUUUUUUUCCUUACAUAGAAAGCAGUUUUCUAAAAAUUACCCUUUUGCAAAGGUGGGCACAGAGAAUCCCACUGUGGUUCUCUUCGUUGAGUGCCAUUGUCCAUGAUCAGAGGGAAACUAAACUCUUAGUUGGUCAGAUUUGUACAAAUAAAAUUCCAAGUCCAUUUGCUUGUUUCUCUAUCUGGUACUUUUGUUUCUUCCUCACAUUUGCACUUUAAGGGAGGGAAAAAGAAAGUUGAACAGCAACAGUCUGCAAAACACUGCAUGCACUUUGGAGGUCAAGCUUUGACCUCAGCAAUGUGAGCGCAGCCUUUGAAAGGCAUCAGAGAAAAAGUUUGAAUCUUUCAGUCUUCCUUCUGACUUGAAACACUUCCCAUGCCAACUGAAGCUACAUGAGCUAAGUAAAGGCCUCUAUGAGGAUAAUGGAUCAUUUCCAAAUUGAGGAAGGCACAAGCCUUCCUGCUAAGGAUUUAAAAAAGACAUCUUUGACGAGCUCUUCCUGGUUGAAUAGCAGUGAAAAUGGGACUUAGCUUGCCCCUUUAUGGACAGGAAUAUUAUUGAAGAUCAAAAUUGUAUUCUGUUUCCUGGACAUAGAAAAAAAUGUAUAAACUAAUGAAGGAAAUGUUUAUUUUUAAAAUAAGAAUAAUGUUUUAUGCCUACGUUUCUCAAUUUGUUUUUUUUUCAUACAUAUGUGUUAAAAAUAUAAUGAAUAUUUAGUUUCUUGAAACCAUAGAAUGUAUAGUUUAGAAAUUAGGUGUCUCUAACUUAUUCCUUUCAUGUAUUAUCCUAAUCACAUUGAGAUAUAUUAUCUAGUCAUCUGGCUCAAUAGAGACCAUUAAUGAAAAGAGCAGACUAGAAGCCAGAGACUGGAUGGAGGAAGCCCAAGGGGGACAAUGACAUGAAAUUCUUUAGGAGUAGGGCCUCAGAGGGGAGAACUAUUUUUCUGUGAAGGAAUACAGUGAGUGAGCCAAUAAAUGGGGCCUUUUAAUAUAUAUAUAGCAUUAUCCCUAAGCUAAAAGGGUUUAUUUGAGAUGAGUGUAGUGUGCUGAUAAUUAAUAGACUUAUGGAGCUAUAAAAGGGACCUUAGAGGUCAUCAUCUAGUCCACCCACUUCAUUUUACAAGUGUAGGAUCUGAGACAGGGUAGUGGGAGAAGAGGCCUGGACAGGACAGAGCACCUGGAAUCUCAUCUUGACCUUUGCCAGUCACUGUCUGAGUUACUUCAGCAGGCGCAUCACUUCCCAGAGCUGCUGUCCUUGUUUAGACAAUGAUGGGUUUGGACUUCAUGGUCUCUAAGAUUAUAGAAUUAUAGGGCUCUAAGUAUAUAUUAUUAUGCUUUGGGAGGACUAUGAAGGAUUUAUAUAUCCUGAUGUUCUUCAGUUAUCUAAUGUAGUUCUUACUGUAGCAGAGUUUACCUUUUAGAAAAUUAUAAUGGGCUUUUACUAACCUGGGUUGCUCUUUUUUGGUUAUCUGAAUUAGAAGCCUAAAUUAUGACAGAGUUUUGGACAGAGAUGUUCCUUUUUUUAAUAUUACACACUCCCACGCAUGCACACUCUCACACACAGAGUACAACAAAACGAUAUCAAAUUUUGAUUCUUUAAAAAAUAUAUAAUCAAUGAUCUGCUAUAUAAAAAUGGAUAAGUACUGUAAGCAUAUGUGUUUUUUUAAAUUAGAUAUCUUAUUAUCUUAAAAUUUAUUUUUUUAUUUUUCAAUUAUAGUUUAUAUUCAAUUCUGUAUUAGUUUCAGGUGUACAGCAAAGUGGUUAGAAAAUCAUAUAAGCAUAUGUUUCUGAUUUGCUUUUAUUCCAAUUGUGCAAGAGUAGAAAACAUCUCAAAUUAUUAUUUUUUCCCUUUAGAGCAUUCUAAUGACUAGAUUGCCAAAUUCAAGUCCCAUUGUUUUAAAAAACAUAUCACAAGAGAUAAGGCUUAAGUAAGUGGACACUUAUAAAUAUGAUUAUAAUUAAUGAUUACUUUAGCAGACAUAUUGGAAUUUUGACAUCUAAUUGAGUGUUGUUCCUUGGUUUUAGUUGGGAACCUAAUACUUAUCUUAAUCAUUAAAGUUAUUUUUGAAACUGCUCUCCUUAGAAAUACUAUCAAGGAAGGUAAUAAGGUAUAAGAAAAUCAGUUAUUAUUACCUAAUUGGUAUCACUUUCAGCACCUGAAAAUAGGUGUGUGUUUUUUUAGUCUACUUUUUCUACCACUCUUGGUUCUGAGUGACAUUUAGCUGUUUCCAAAGGCAAAAUCACCACCCUAAGAUCAAGAGUAGUUACUAUUAAAGAUAGUAAAGAAUAUAAUCCACAGAACAUUUCCAGAAAGAACCUUAUAAUGGAAAGGGACAAUGAUCAUUCUUAACUUUCUUAAUAUUCUGAAUAAGUGAAUGACUGGUUUAGCCUGUCUUUAGUGUAGUUUAGAAAAUUGGAAGAUACAUAUUUUUAAAAUACCUCUAAAAUAGGUUGUCACAUUGUUCAGUGUCAUUUGAUAAUGAACUUGCCACUUAAAUUAUAAUUAUAAAACUUGGAUUGCUAAUAAUUAUAGGGGAACAAACAAAAAAAGAGUCUGUUUUUCUCAAGAUGAAAUGUUAAUUUUGUUUAUAAUACUUUUUCCCACUCUCCUGACCAAUAAUUGAUCAUUUUUAUUUAAGUCAGCCCAAUCUUCUCCCAGAUCAGAAACAGCUUUGCUUUCAGCAGUGCUGUGGUAAGCAGGGGACCUUUGGGGUUGACCUCAUCCCAGAGGUAUGAAGAUAAUAACUUGUUCAGCCCAGCACACUGUAGAUACCUUGGGCCAAAAUAAAGUUUCCAUGAUGAAGUUUGUGAGCUCCAUGAGUCUUUAACUUUCUCAGUUUAUAAGACUAUCCAGAUACUAUAGCCACUAACUUAGCGUUUGGAGAUAAAAAUGACAGGGUAACCUCAUUUAAAAAAAGAAAAAUGAAAAGAAAAAAAGAUAAGAUUGUCCAAAAUACUGAAUUAAGCAAAUUAGAGGCUGCCAAGCGGAACAGAGAAACUAUCACAUGAAUUUUAAAAUGGAAUAUUUACUGAAAUACUCCAGAUAUUACAAAGCUAUCUUUCAUUCCCCUUUAGAGACUAUACAUUUGUGAGCUGUUAGCCUUUUCCUUGUCCAUGCUAGUAAUGUUCCUGGAUGUGCUUGGGUUUUUUGAGUCAGAAUGAAUCCUGAAUGGCUUCCAUUUCAAAUAAUCUGUAACAAGAUACCAUUUUGUUUCUCCUUGGUGUCCCUUCACUGAGGUGGGGGAGGGAGGUGUUUUGGGUAAUGCAAAGUAACCUAGUGGUGGUAGUUGCUAGAAUGGAAGACACUUUCUUGGUUCCCACUUUGAUGUAGUAUCUGAAUGUACUCUUUUCCUGCCAGUACUCUCUGCCCUAUUGCACGCCCCUCCUCACGUGGAUGUAUAUUUACCACAGGUCAUUAUCCCCGCUCUCCCAAGAAGACAGAGCAAACAGGUACAUGAAGCUAUCUUAUGCAGUAAAAAUGUGAAAUUUGAACAUUGCUACGCAAGUAUUAUAUAAAAACAAGUCUGUAAACAAAUUUCUUAUGUAAACAUACAGGGGAAUAAAGACUUUAUCUGUUAAACAGGAGCAUUGAUGUUUAGAGCUAUAAACAACUUAAAAUAGCUGCUGUUUUCCUGAGCUGAAAACCCACUUUUGCAAAAAGGAUUGAAACACAUUGUUGAGUGACAAUAAGUACCUGCGCACAAGGGAAGUGUGGCCACAUGUGAGAGACAUGCUGAGGACAUUUUAAUGAGUCAUGGCUAUCCUGGCUCCACCUUGUGGUCUGGGAGAACAAAACCACGUGCGCCUGCAUUUGAUAUGAUCAGACACGGGGUUGUAAAAUGGAGCACAGAUUUGCAGCUAUCCUCCUCUAAUUUCAUCUUUAAUGUACCCAGGCCAAUUUAAUUAAACAUGUUAUGUUGGCAACAGCAGUUUUUUGCCCAGGGAGAAAUCUCUCCCAUUUAAUUGCUCCAUUGGCUUCAGAGGCACAGCAUCACUAGCCAAUAUUGGCUCCUAGCAAAUCCCUUAUUCCCCAGUCGUGGGUUUUAAUGCGACUACACAGCAUAUGGUCAAACCAAAUGCUUAAUUUGAUCAUCUAAGCCAAAAGGUCAUAGAAGUUAUUAUAGAGGAAAGUGAAAUUCGGGUUGUGCGUGAUGUAUUAUAUUAAGGAAUAACCAGUCAGAAAUUUAAGUCUUCACAUUUUGAUUUUUUAGAAAGCAUGCUGAUGACCUUCACUAUGUCCACCUGAUAAAAUUUUCAGAAUAAACCUUUCCCAAAUCAUUCAACACUCCUCAUUGCUUUUGAAGUUAAUUGAGAAUUAGUGAGGAUAGUUGCCAAGUCAUCAAAUAUUUUGGGGGACUCCUUUCCUACUCUCUGAAGCAUGUGAGCUCUUACUGAAAUCUGUAUAAUUUUGGAGCCUCAAAAUAGACUAAAAUGGAGUUUUGAAAAGUGUGCUUAACCUUAACCUGGCACACAAUCCUACGUCAGAGCAAGAAAAAGAAAUGUUUUGACUUGUUGCUUAAUUUAAUGUGCUCAACCAAAAUAAAAAGAGACAUGACCUAGUUCGAGGAAUUAGAACAAAAUGCCCUACCUUAGGCUUCUUGAUAAGGAAGACCCUGUGCAGACAAUGUGGUCAGGUCCUGGCCUUAACCCCCCCCGCCCCCCCCCCCAACAACUGUCUAUCUUUAUUGAGCUCUGUGGUUGUGGUUAAGGACAUCUGCUGUGCAUGCCAUUAAUUACCAAAGGAACUGGACCAAGGCGUGAGGUUAAAUUAGUAUAAACCCUUUCAUUACUAGUAGGCAGACUACUUCGCACAUGUUUCCUGAUGGUGCAAGGCUAUCUUCAUACACAGACUGUUCACCUUGAAAACACGUGUUUUCCCUACAAGAACACACUCAUGUUCCAAAAAAGACCUCUAAUUCCCAACAAAACUCAACGUCUACCUUCUGUUUACAGUUAUCUAGAAUCUCUCUUCUUGACUACUCCGUUUCUUGUGCUGUCACCAUCAAAAUUCCCUGAGGGAAUGUGGUUGUCUGUGCUUUUCCGUAUCCAUCAGCAUUUCUUUGGUCUGCAAAGUGCCAGGCUUGGAGAAUUGCAGAAGGUGUUUGCUCUCUGCUUUGAUCACACUGCCCCUCUACUAAAAAGAAUGAACAGGUUGAGGGACUUGGCCUUCUCAGGAGAAACCUUCACAUAUAUCUUUCCAAUCCUGUAAGCAGAUUCAUGCUGAAAGAUAUGAAGCAGUCUGGCCUCGCUUUGAAGGACAGGAGACCGAUUUUCCCUUUGAACUCUAUGUUAAAGCAUUUUUGUGGCUGUGUGUGUGAAUUUUAAAAGCUGUUGGAACUUUAAGUAUGAUUUUCCCAUUGCACCAUGAAGGGUAUAGAAUAUGCUCUAAGUUGGUAGGCUUCCAUUUGACUUGACUAAGAACCCACUUUUUAACAGAAGUAAUUUUGAUAAAUCUGGCAUGUUCUUCCAUCCUGUCCAACUCUGGAAAUGGCCACCCCUGAUUGGUACUUAGAGUUCUCAAAAUGUAAUCGAACACUGUGGGCAUCCAACGUGACCCAGGUUCUAUAGGUAACUGCUUUGGGACAAUCUCUGCACACAAAUAUAUUUCACUGAAUUUAAUUUAAAUUUCCCCAAAACACUAACUCGGGCAAACUAGUGUUCAUUAUUGAUCCAUAUGAUGUCAGAAUCAGUCAUUGGCUUGACUAAACUUGCCAUUUUUUUCCUAAAUGAUAUUUUGUUCUCCCACAGAACCAGCAUAAUAACAUCAACUUUCAGGGUAGAUUUGGAAGUUAAGAAUUUGUGCCUUAGUUUUGGCAACUGAAAAUUUGCGCAUCUGAUGCUGUUAGAAAGUGGUUCAAAGAGUGUGGGGGGCGGGGGGCCUCUCAUACCACUUUGCUUGGCAAUCCUUAUUUUGGAAAACUUCUCUUCCCCCUUUCAUUUGAAUUUCCUCCCAGAAAUCAUCAUCUGGGAAUCACUGUGACAAAUCUAAUAUCAGUAAACUUGCCUGAGAGGUUAGGAUUAUGUCUUUCCACAUAGAUUGCAAGGGAGAAGGUGUUCCAUUUAUUUCCUAUCCCCUAAUGCUUUCAUAUCAUGCAAGUGCAUAUGUUAAAGCUGUAACACAAGGAAAAAUUUAUCCUCUUCAAAAUAAACUUAUUCUCCAAAUGCUAUUCAGAAAGCCAUUUGCACCAGUAUAGAAUUUAACUUCAAGACUGAUGUGGGAUUCAUCAAAUGCAUUUCAACUGUUAGGAAGGGAAAUAAAAAGGAGGGGGAGGACACCUUUUGUUUCUGGAAACAAUAUUUAAGGUCAGAAUUAUUUAAAAAGAAACACUGCUCAAAAGUUAUAGGAUUCAGAAGAGUAUAGUAUUUUUGUACAGUAUCUUCUAAAAUGUGCGGGUCUCUCUCUGCAACUCUUUACAAUGUAAUAGCAACUGGUUUCCCAAUAAACUGAUUUUGAUGCUGCU